AUGGCUUCAGCAAACCGCAUGUUAUCAUGGAAUGAACAAGACAAAUCCAUGCUUCAAACUGUUCUUGGUCCUCGAGCCUUUCAUUUCUUGAUAACUAAUUGUUUAUCAAACGAAACCAUCUUAAUCGCUGUUGGUAAUGGAACUGCCACUGCUGAUUCUCUUCAAAACAAACUCUCUGAACUUGUUGAAAAUUCUUCCACUUUCAAUUGGAACUACGCUAUUUUCUGGCAACUCUCUCAAUCAAAAUCCGGCGAUUAUGUUCUUGGUUGGGGUGAUGGAUGUUGCAGAGAACCAAACGAAGAAGAACAACAAGAGAGUGAAAAUCUUACCCUUCGAAGAAAGGUAAAAGAAGAAGAAGAAAGGGUUGAGCAGAAUAUGAGGAAGAGGGUUUUACAGAAGCUACACAAAGCUUUUGGUGGUUCUGACGAAGACAAUUACGCUUUUGGCCUUGACCGUGUAACCGACACUGAGAUGUUUUUUUUAGCUUCUAUGUACUUUUCUUUUCCAAAAGGGUAUGGUGGACCCGGUAAGUGCUUUGAUUCUGCUCAAAAUUUGUGGUUCAAAUCUGUUUCUGAUGAUUACUGUGUUCGUUCUUUCUUGGCUAAAUCUGCUGGAAUUCAAACUGUUGUUUUACUACCUACUCAUUUUGGUGUUCUUGAGUUGGGUUCCGUUAGAAUCUUACCUCAAAGCUUUGAAUUCUUGAACAAUGUUAACUCAUUGUUUUCACUUUCAAAUUUGUCAUCGUCCUUCUUGUUGUAUCCUAGUAUUAGUGCGACCAAUGAGGGAAGAGAUGAUGAAAGUGGAGUUUCUAAUGGUGUUCAUGUUCCACCAAAGGUUGGUUUGAAUUUGAACAAUGGUUGUUCGCAUUUUCGAGAGAAACUUGCUAUUAGGAAAAUGGAUAGUACUAGUAGCAUUCACUUUCCUAGUUCUAGAAAUCGUGUUUCUGGUUCUACUAGUUGGGGAAAGAAUCAAGUUCUAGGUGAAGUUUUUGGUUCUAGUAAUGGUGUGAGAAAGGGCUUUAGUAACUAUCAACCACAAAGGAAGCAGGUUCAAAUGCAAAUUGAUUUUUCGGGAGCGAAAUCGAGGGCUAAUUCUGUGAGACCGGUUAUUGGUGAAUCGGAAGUUGCUGCUGCUGAUGUCGACGCUGAUCGGCCUAAUGAUGAAAGGAGGCCGAGGAAACGCGGAAGGAAGCCUUCUAGUGGAAGGGAUGAGCCUCUCAAUCACGUGGAAGCGGAGAGACAGAGACGCGAGAAGCUUAAUCAACGUUUUUACGCCUUAAGAGCUGUUGUGCCGAAUAUUUCCAAGAUGGACAAAGCAUCUCUACUUGGUGAUGCCAUUGCUUACAUCAACGAGCUUCAAGCAAAACUCAAGAUCAUGGAGUCUGAGAAAGAGACAUUUGGAAGCAGCACUUCGAGGGAUGGAUCAGCCAACUCAAGAGCAGAGCAUUGCCAUCAAGUUCCUCCUAACGACGUUGAUAUUCAAGCUUCUCAGGACGAAGUAAUUGUGAAGGUGAGUUGUCCUAUUGAUACUCAUCCUAUUUCAAAAGUAAUCAAAACAUUCAAAGAUGCACAAAUCGGUGUAGUUGAGUCGAAGCUCACUGCGGCAAACGAUACAAUCUAUCACACCUUUGUAAUUAAGUCAGAAGAACCCGAACAACUCACCAAGGACAAGUUGAUUGCAGCAUUUUCCGGCGAAUCCGUCUCGUUACAAACACAAACUUUGUCCAUAUAG